ACAUAAAGCCUGCUAAUGUGUUUAUAACGGCAGCGGGAGUAGUAAAAUUGGGAGAUCUUGGACUGGGCAGAUUCUUUAGUUCGAAAACCACAGCAGCACAUUCCUUGGUGGGCACACCAUAUUAUAUGUCCCCAGAGAGAAUACAUGAGAACGGAUACAACUUUAAGUCUGACAUCUGGUCCCUGGGCUGCUUGUUAUAUGAGAUGGCCGCUCUCCAGAGCCCUUUCUACGGUGACAAAAUGAACCUCUUUUCCUUGUGUCAGAAGAUAGAAAAGUGUGACUACCCACCGUUGCCCAAAGAACACUACUCGGAGAAGUUACGAGAGCUGGUCAGCAUGUGCAUUUAUCCAGAUCCAGACCAAAGGCCGGAUAUUGGCUAUGUCCAUCAGGUUGCGAAGCAGAUGCACAUGUGGAACUCCAGCACAUGAGAAAGAUGGCCCGGUGUGGACGACUUCCUAUCUGCCUAACUUGAAUAAAACGCCUCUCCCAGGAAGCAGAGGCCGCAGGAUCUCUAGCAAGAGGCCAGCCUUUUAGUGCUGCAGUCCCGCUAAACGUGUACUAGAAGGCCAGGCUUCAGGCGAAUCUCCGGGAGACUAACACAUUUAUAACAGAUUGUACUCCUGUUACAGUUGUGUGUAAUUUAGACUAGAAACGGAUGAAAUGGAACAUCCAAACAGGAAAACAUCCAAUCUAAUUCUAAUGUGAACAUUGAAUAAUUCCUCCUGUGAAACUGUAUUGUUUAUAUGUGCAACUAUUUUCUAUAGAUUUAGUUUAACUGCUUAGACUUUUUUUCUUUCUUUUAGUAAACACUUCAGCUGUAAAUUCUUCAAAAUGUAUUAGCUUAUCUGUUUAAACAGACUUUAAGAUUUACAUUUUUAUGUAUAGAUUUUAUUUUCUUUUUCAAAAAAGCUAACGCCAAAGAAAACAGUGCUAUUGACUUUCCUACAUACGCUGCCGCAACGUGCCCAGAUCUCAUACUGCUUCCGAGUUUUAUUUUUUGUUGUUACUUAACUAUUUUUAGACAAAUUUUUACGAUAUUGCCAACCUAGAGGUAAAUAUUAAUUUGCUAGCCAGUACAGAAUAUAAAACCAAACUGGACUUUUUUUUUUAUAACUGUGAAUAAGAGAUUUGAAAUGUGAAUGACAAAAUGCAAUUACAAGUUGAAGGAAAUCAAGUGCCUGUGUAGACAAAGCUACGAUGCAGAAGAGGAGUUCUGUACCAGACAGCCACUAAAGGAUCAUAUAAAGACUUGCUGUUACAGUAUAUGUGCCAAUGUUUAUAUUAUAUGGCUGUCACAAGGUCUUAGUUUACGGUUGAUUAAAAAAAAAAUAAAAAAAAAAUUUGCUUAUAAAUUUACUUUUAUCAUCAAAAUUUUCUUUGUCCUUAGUAUUCUUAGUUGAAAGCUAAACCUAGAUAGGCUCAUAUGCCUAUUUCCAAGCCCCUGAAGGCCACCUCUUAUCUCAGUAUAUUUUGACAGAUUUUCCCAGCUACACAGCGCUAGUUCAUGUGUGCCAUAGAUAACUGUGCUCACUCCCAUGAAGUCAGCACUGAUUGACUAAAAUGCAAGUCUGUCCAACAAACUGAGAUAAGGAGGCUGUCAGAGGUGGCUUAGAUACAAGGUAAUCAGAGGUAAAAAGUAUAUUAAUAUAACUGUUGGUUAUGCAUAACUGGGGGACAGGUAAUAAAGGGAUUAUCUGCCAUAAAAAAAAAAAAAUCUGGAGUAGACUGUCCCUUUAACACAUAAUACUGCUAAUACUUUUGUGCUCCACUUGUAACCCAUGGGAAAAGGAAUUUGCUUGAAAAUAAAUAAAACGUUCUACCAAAACAGA